GGUUAAUGCAUGGAGGGGGGCAAAAGGGAUCCUUUUCACUGCCAUUGCGAUCAAAACCAGUAGGCCGAAGAGGAACGCAUCGGUGACAAGUUCCCACGAGGCGCCCCUCCUCGCACCACUUUCCCGUUCUACUGAGCCCUAGCACCGAUCCAUCUCUUCCCAUAUGGCCGAAGCGCCGACGCCUCCACCGCCGCCGGUGAUCGGGAAGGCUGGGAGCUUCACUGUCUUCAUCACCCCGCCGUCGACCCCGACGCCGUCUGAGGGCCCGAGAUCCCGCAUUGCGAGCCCUGCGCCGGCAUUGAGCUCCAGCAGCCCCGGAAAGGAGGCUCCUUUCCCGGUGAAGGCUUCCCUUUCGCCGCCCCCUCUCGUUGCCGCCCCGCCGCCGGUUCAGGUUCCGCCGCAGCAGUUCGAAAAGCCGGCCGUCAAGUCUGCUGGAUCCGUGUUCGGGUUCCUUUGGGACGCCGUCGUCAAAGUCCAAGAUGCGCAUUUAAGUUUGGAUGAAUACUUGGCGGAUUGGUUCGGGUUGAACCAGUCGAAGUACCAGUGGGCUUUGAAUGAUUACUAUGAGAGCAGUGGAAAGGAAAAGGAAAUUGGCAAAGUUAGUAAAAUAAAAGAGCUCGCUGAUAAAGGGCAAGCCAUUUGAUAAGUUACUAGGGAGAUCCAAAACUUAAAAAACCUCCGGUGAAGUUCGUAUUUAUAAUUGCAUAUCGAUGCUUCAAAGCGUUCUCCAUGAAUUACCAACAAAUGAUCCUACGACGGCUACCAUGCCAUCAUGCUGAUCACAUUUGGUGCAUUAAGGAGGCUGGAAUCUGUGAUUAAUGUUUCACCAUGUUAGCAAUUUAAUAUGGCCAAUUGCUAGACAUCAUCCAUCCGAAACCAAUCAAAGUGAUUUCUAUGUUCCUUUUGUAUGACAUUUAGAGCUCUAUUCUAUUAGUUUAUAAAAUGUUUGCAUUAAAACUUCAA